CUUGUUUUGCAGAUUUUUAUCUGUGCCUCGUCUACAGUUUCAUCUACAGACGAAAUAAUAUUGAGUUCGGAAGACGCUCGGUUCCCUUUAAGAGCCGAGAGACAACGACUCUGCCCUACACAAAGAUGGCGCCCGCGAGGCUGAACUAGUGGAAAUCUCGCCUGCCCUUCCGGGCCGAGAAGCGCCCUUGCCCCUGUCAAAGAUGGCGAACGUUGACACGUCAGAGGUGGGAGGCGGGAGGCGACGCGGCCCGUUCCGGUUGAGGGAAAGGCGGCGGCGGGACGACGGCGAUGGCGGCGACGGCGUCUGCCGAGGCGGCGGCGCUGGACGCCCUGAAGCGGGGCGGCCCGGGGGCGGCCGAGUCGCUCUUCGAGGCGCACGCGGUGGCGGAGCUGAGGGCCGUGGAGCGGCAGGUCCGCGCGGGCAUCGAGGGCAAACGGGAGGAGCUCCGGCAGAUGGUCGGCGAGCGCUACCGGGACCUCAUCGAGGCGGCCGACACCAUUGCCGAGAUGCGGCUCAGCGCCGAGCACCUCGUGGAGGCCGUGCGGGGGCUGCAGCAGCGGCGGGCCAAGGGACGCGCCGGAGGGGGCGGCGCCCCUCAUAACGGCCAGCCCGCCGCGCGGAGGCCGGCGGUUGAGGUGGGGGCUUGCUGAGGGGCGCGGCGGGGGGGGGGUGUUUUAAACCUGGCUCCCGCCAGCUGCUGUGGGUGGACUACGACUCCCGUAAGUGCAUCACAGGUUCAGGAAAUGGUCUGAGGUGAUUGGGAACCCAUUACGUCGUUUAAUGCAGUGCUUCCCAAUCUCAUGGAUUUAUUUAUUUUUUGGUUCGGGGUGGUGGUGGGAGGUUUGCAGGCAAAGUUGCUGAGCUUUUUUGUUUUUAUAAAGGGGAUACACCAAAGUUGUUGAAUGGGGGUGUCACGGUUUUAUAUAUAUAUAUAUAUAUAUAUAUAUAAAAACACACGUGUGUGUGUGUGUGUGUGUGUGUGUGUGUUUAUAUGUAUGUUUGUGUUUGUGUGUGUGUGUGUGUGUGUGUGUGUGUACACACGCGCACACACACACACAUAUAUGCAUAUAUACACACAUACACACCCCACAAGGAGGACAUGGCUACACCCUGCUGUUUUUGGACUACAACUCCUACUACCCCUGACCUGCUGGCUAGGGAGGAUGGGAGUUGCAGUCUCAACAACUGCUGGGGACUCAGGUUUGAGAAACACUAGACUACCCGCUGGGGGGGCGGUUCCCCCAAUUAAUUAACGAUUGCCUUUGUUCAUUAGAAGCUUCCUACCCUAAAUGAGGAAGCAGGAGAAGGUGUAAGUGCAUUACAGGUGGUUCAGGAAAUUAUCUGGGGCAAUGUGAAGCUGUUAUGUUGUUUAAAGCAGUGUUUCCCAAACUUGGGUCUGCCUGGGGUUUCCUUUGUCUCUCUCCCCCCCCCCCCAGUUAAUUAACAAUUAACUUUGCUAGUUAGAGACAUUCUACCCAUCAAAAUGUAUUGAGGAAGCAGGAGAAGACGUAAGUGCGCUUACAGGUUCAGGCAGGGCUUUUUUUUCCAGCCAGAACUCAGUUCUAGCACCUCUCAGGUGGGUGCCAUUGCCAUUCGUAAAUGAACAAGGGAGGUGUUUGUGGUGAGUUCUGGCACCUUUUUCCCCAGAAAAAUAGCACUGGAAUCAUUCAGAAAAUGAUCUGGGUAAUGCGAAGCUGUUACAUCAUUUAAAACUUGAAAAGUGAGUUAGUCUGAUCAGUGUUUUGAUGGGUGAGCUCCUGGGUAAGCGUUCCAAAGUAAAAGAUUAAUAAAGCAAAGCAGAGCCAAUAAAGCAAAACAGAGGUGGGAACUAGCUGGGUUUUUUGCCCUGGGUGAAGCCUCCAGAAGGGCACCAUUGAGGCUUCCAGCCUGUGUUUGUGCAUUUGCAAAUAUGUGGCGUUUGUGUGCCAAACUGGGUCUUUGUUCCCAGUGAAAUAAAGCCUACUUUUGCCCCUGUAGCAAAGAGAACUGAUAUGUGUUAUGUUAACUUAUACCUUAACCUCCAUGAUCGUAUUAUAAACUUUCUUAUAAGUAGCUAGCUACCCACGUUGCUUAUCUACUAGUACAGCUCCUGCGGGAAUCUUUUGUCCUUUUUGAGUUAGUAAACAUGGGUAAACUGUGCACUUAAUAUAACAAACCCUGUGGCAUAUAGUUAUAUGAACUAUAAUUCUGAAUAUAUGCUAGCAACAUCUCCUCUUUUUCAAAACGCUUUCAAUCCAUGCUCCAGUAGUUUCUGUAUGUGCAUCAAUUUAUUUCAUAGGGUGCACUUAUUUUUCCCUACCUAGGCAGUACGCCAGUCACAGGAGAAGUUCUACUGUUUGGCAGCACAGAUCCAACUACUACUGCAGAUUCCUGAGAAAAUCUGGAGUGCUAUGGAAUCCUCUCAGUACUUAUAUGCCACCCAGUUGUACCUGCUAUGCUGCCACCUCCAGCGCCUCCUGCAGCUGGAUUCUUCUGGCACCAGCUACAGCCCAAUUCUGGCACGUUUUCCUAUCCUUGCACGACAAGUAGCUGCAGCUAGCCAUUUCCGGUAAGUAGCCAGCCAAUUUCUUCUUCUUCUAGCUUUGCUCAUCUUGUUGCUGUGAUGCAUUAGCUGCAUCAUGAUUGGAUUACAGUAACACACUUAACUACAGGGCUGCCCUCGAAAACAGCUAGAAUGUUUUAGUUGCUGUGAAAUGUUACCGCAAAUGCUGUUGGGGUUUGUUAGCUGCUUUGCGUGCCUUUGUGGAAAGUGAGAUAAAAAUGUUAAUAUUAAUUUUAAAAGGCUUAUUUUGAACAGUAGGCCUUCCUCUCCCAAGAACUUGGACUUAGAAAUGGUAUCAGAGACACAAAAGAUGAUGCUAAGUAGCUUAGAGAACUAUAGUCCUGCAGUUUUGUCACUAAGCACAGAAUAAGGUAUUUUAACUGCAAAUCUGUCAGUUUCCAUAAUAUUCUGAGAAUCUCUACUAUCUGAUUUCUACCACCCAUUGUUGUGAAGGAUUUAUGACAAGCAAUAAAUGGGUGCAGUUCUUAAAACUUUAAAACCCAGCGGCGAUGAGAGUAUGCUUAAGGUGAGUGUAUACUUAAGCUGCAUAGCUUGGCUGUUGAACCUCUACAAGGAAGUAGAGAGUUCAAAAAAUUAAACAAUAUUCAAAUUGUUUCCCGAGUUGCCCCUGAAAAAUUAGUCUCUUGGAUGUGUUCAGUUCUAUCUCUUGCUUUCCUUACGGAAAACUGAACCAAGUGUUUGUUGGUGAUUGGAUAGGCUCCCGAGGGCUGCCAAAAGUUCUGACAUUGCAACAGAAGCAGGUGUGUGAGUAAAUGGGUACAUACACAUUUCUGGUUUAGAAGCUGCAGCUCCAGUCAGUUUCUGCAACAGCUCCUCUGCCUUAUGGCUAAGUCGAAAAUAUGAUUGACUCCAUUGCGGAGACUAUCUGGAGAUAUGUAUUGCUUAGCCCUAGCUUUUGGAUUAUGUUAUGCAUGCAAAUUACUGUAGAAUCUGGGAGAAGUUUGUUUUGGUUGCACCAGAGCCAUUUAUUAAAACUUCCCUGAUGUUUGAGUUGGACAUUUCACAUGAAUAUUGAUUGCUUACUUUACACACACACACACACACACACACACACACACACACACACAUACACAUACACACACAAUCUUCUAAAUGGAUUGCAUCCACUCUAGACACUUGCUUCAGGUCAUUCUGCUGGUUGUAAUGCGUUCCCUCGGAGGAUUGAUGAUAAGCCUAAAAUUAGUAUGCUGUGUUAGAUUUGGUUGUCCAUCUAGAUUGGUGUUCUUUGUUUAGGUUUUAUUUUAUCUAAUACUUUUGGGAGAAGGAAGAAGAUCAGGAACCUUUGGGACUGUACAUUAUAUUUAGGUCUAUCUCUGACCCUUAUUGCUGUUGGCUUUAUGAAAUGCGUACUCCACAUAUGCCACUUUCCUGCCAAAGCACUAAAAAUGUUGGAUAUAGUGAUGGUUUAAAAAAAUCUAACAGACAUAUUUUAAAAAAGAAAAUAAAAAAAUAGAGUGAAAAGGAAGAUAAGCAUAUACCUGCUGCAGUUCUGUACCCAUUUGCCUUUGAGUAAGCUCCAAGAAUUAAGUGGGACUUACUUCUGAACAGGAUUGUGCAGUUGAGUGCCAUCUCUUUCAUACUGUACAUAAUGGAGUUACAUAAUUACCAGGCAGCAUGGUCACUGCAGGAAACAGUUUUGGGAAGAGGGACCAGCUGAGCUGAUGGUGUAUGACGCUUUUACUAACUUGCCCUUUUCUAAUAUGUGGCCAAUUGGAAUGGCUGCUGCUGAAGGCAAUUCUAGGAAGAGAGGAGCAAACUGGAAUUGGUCCUAGCCACGCUGAUGAAAGGGGUUUGCAUCCACAGCAUAAUAGCUUUAAUAUCACUUUUUAGUCUAUUAACAUAGAUCCGAGUUAUUAUUCACCCAAAGCUCCCUUCAGUUAGGCAAGAGAAGUAAAAUAGCUACCACUUUCUUUAUGAUGUUAUGCAGCUCUAAGCUAUCAUUUCCCACCACUGAUUCUUGUUUUGAACUUUACAUUUCUUCAUUGAGUGUUGCACAGCACACCUCUUGACGGUGCCUCCUUCGUCUACCAAUUAGGUCAACAAUCCUACAUGAGAGCAAGUUGCUACUGAAAUGCCAGACUGUUUUGGACCAAGCCGUAGCAGAGGCAUUGUGUUCAGCCAUGCUUCUUGAGGGGAGUUCUCCACGCCAGGCUCUUGCUGACUUCCUGCUGGCCAGGAAGUCUGCAAUUCAGCAGCUUCUGGAUCAGCCCCAUCAUGGUGAGUGCAAGUGAAAUUUUCAUCUAAAUCAGUGUACAGUAACCUCGGGUUACGUACUGCCCUUGUUGCGUAUCCUACAGGAUACGCACGUGGCAAACCCAGAAAUAAUGGGAAGGCUUUUGACGCCUGCGCAGAAGCAGGCUACCGCCACGUGCACCUGUACAGAACAGGCACUUCUGGUUACGAAUGUUUUGGGGUGCGCACGGACCCCCAGAAUGAAUUAAAAUCGUAUCCAGAGGUAUCACUGUACCAUCUCAGGCCACUUCCUGGUCUGAACCUUUGUUUCUUCCAUCAGAUGGACACUAAGCAGACUUAUUCCUACACUGAAUAAAUGUCAGUGGCAAUUUAUUGGUUUCAGAGAUGUGAGUGUUUCCCCACCCCAUUAAUAAAGUAAUGGCUAUAUAUCUGCCUUGUCUUUGGAGAAGUCACUAACAGUAGUUCACUUGAGACUACUGUAGUUUUGGGAUUAUUUCACAGCAAUAUUCAGGUAUUUCUAAUCCUAAAGUAGAAGUAAUAACUAGAAGGGUCUAUUAACUAGCCGGAUCAGAUGUAAGGCCUUUUUUGAAUGUAGGGAUGACUACCACUGUGGCCCAAACUUCAGGAAAUAACCCAGAUGAAUCAAUAAGUGAAAAUAUUACUGCCAGCAGGGAGGCCCACCAGUCGAUGUUAGAUUUCAGCAGUUCUGGGGGCAAAUAGUCUAUGCCUGGUGCUUUAUUAUUUUUAAACUGUGAAAUUAAGGUUCUUGGCCUCAGUCAUAGAUACUGGAGGCCAGUCUGGUAAGUUUUCCAAAGAUUCUGGUUUUUGGUUGACCUCAUCAUCCUGCCCAUGAUAGAGUGAUAAUAUUGCAUCUGAUAGUACACACUGGAACAUUACAAGUAUUCUCCAGCAGGCCUGAUAUUGUAUGCCAGAAGAGGCAGAUGUCCUUAUAGUGAGGGGCCUUUAUUAAGAUAUGCCAAGCGUGUUUUUCUACUUCCUGUUUUUUUCCAUCUUAGCAGCAGUUUAUACUUCUGUCUGAGGGUGACAUAUUCAUUAAUUAAGAGGGGUAAAUUAGAGUUCCUAUAUUUAUGGUAAUCUCUCUUCAGCUAGCUUUUAGCCUGCUUGCACUCUUUGUCGAACCAGCUGGAAGAUCUGAUCAAUCUUCUUGAGCCACUGUUCUUGAUCUCAGUUUUCAAGUGGUCUUCCAACCUUUCAGUCAAAAUCUUAAAUAAAUUCAUAGCCUCAGCAGCAGAGGUAGCUGAGAUAAUAGCAGUAUGAUUAGUCCUUAAGUCAUCUGCAUGAAGGUGAGUCAGCGCUAGAUUGAGUACUGAUGUCCACUUAAUUCUAUUGCCUGCAGGAACACCUAAGUUUGCAUUAGAGAUAAAUUGAGUUUUAGGGGGGGAGAAUUGUUAAAGUUAGAAUCUUAAGAGUUUGAAGUGACACAAGAGUCAUCUAGUCCAACUCCCUGCAAUGCAGGAAUCUCAGCUAAAGCAUCCAUGACUGAUGGCCAUCCAAUCACUGCUAAAAAACCUCCAAGGAAGGAGAGUUGACUACCUCUCGUGAGAGUCUGCUCCACUGCCGAACAGCUCUUACUUUCAGAAGGUUUUUCCACUUGUUUACUCUUAAAUCUACUUUCUUGUCACUUGAAGCCAUUGCCUCAAGUCCUGCCCUCCAGGAGAAAACAAGCAUGCUCCCUCUUCUAUGUCACAGUCCUUAAGAUAUUUGAAAAUGGCUAUCAUAUCUCCUCUCAGUCUCCUCUUUUCCAAGCUAAACAUACCCAGCUGCUUCAAACACUCCUCAUAAAGAUUAGUUUCCAAACCCUUGAUCAUCUUGGUUGCCCUCUUCUGCACAUGUUCUAGCUUGUCAACAUCCUUCUUAAAUUGUGGUUGUUGUUUGGAUAACAUUUUAAAACUGCUGUUUCUCUCCCCCCCCAGUUGAAUUUUGAGGAAAUGGAAAUAUGUUAACCAUCAAAUGAUACUUUUUUUCUUUGCAACCCAGGGCAGCAGUUGCAAUGCAGAAGAAAGUGUCUGUCUAUGAGCACAAUACUUCUGCCUUGCAAAAUGGCUGCUAUUAUUGACUGGCUUUUUUUUUUAACCAGAUGCUGGCAUUAAAGCGCAAGUUUGUUCCUUGGUGGAGCUGCUAGCCACAACCCUGUAUCAAGCACAUGCCCUCUUCUAUUCCCUGCCAGAGGGAAUGCCUUCAGACCCAUCUCUUCCCUGUGGCUUGCUCUUCUCAACCCUGGAGACCAUCACAAGCCAGCAUCCAGCAGGUGAGCAGCAAAACUGGUAGGGACUAUGCAAAAUUACCAUGUUAUCGUUGGUCAGGGCCUAGUUUAAUCCUCAGUAGCCUGACCUCUCUUCUCCCCUAGGUAAGGGCAUCACAGCUUUGAAGGAAGAAACCAAGCUGAGCAGCUCAUUCAAAUAUUUGCCAUCUUCCAUCGCAGAAUUCCAGCCAACACUCAGAACUCUGGCACAUCCUAUUAGCCAGGAUUACCUUAGAGAUACACUUCAGAAAUGGAUCAAUAUGUGAGUCUGAGGAACUAGCUUUGCCAUCAUGAUCCACUUGAAAAGCACAUUGCCUGGUCCAUUGUAGGCUUGGGUAAAACUCUUUGUGUGAAAAUCAUUGUGGUUGGCAGUGCUUUUUUCCUAAAAAAAAUGUUUAGGGGUACUCUCAUUCCGUCUGAGACUCAGGAAACAUCAUGGCAGGAAAUGAGGUCGCCAUCGGGGGUAGCAGCGGAACUGAUGAUUCACCAUGCUACAGAAGAAACUAAAAAUUUAAAAUUUUCAGUUUCUUCUCCCAUUAGAUUCACAAAAUGUUUAGGGGUAUGCAUACCCCUGCAUCCCCCCAGAAAAAAAGCACUGGUGGUUGGUACUGAUUACCUGAAUUUCAUAGAUUGAACAAAUUAAGAAAAAGAUGCAGCUUUCAAAAGUGUACCUAGAUAUUUCGUAGCACCCUAACUAUUGUGGAAUAUGGCCUUCUGCUGGUCUCAUUUGCUUCCUGCUGCCUCUGGGUUCACUCUGGGAUAAUUCUGGUCCAUCUGACAGCCCUAACUAGCCAAGUAGUGCUGCCUUCUCAGCAUCAUUGUACCUUACCUUGGUCAGAUUGGGGUCCACAGGUUUACAGGUGAAGCCAAUCCGGCAUUCCCGUCAGUGCACCUGCACAGUCCCAUCCUUGUCUUUGUCCUGCCCCAUUUCAGUUCUGGGUAAGGUGCAGCAAUGGAAAGUCAUUUUAGUUGCUCCACCCUACCACCCAAAUAUUGUGCUUUAGUUUUCUGUCACUGCAAGGUGGACAUUUGAACUCUAUUUAUACUCUUUGUCAUCAUGAUAAUUUAAAAGGGUACUCUUCCUCUUAUGCUCCAGUCACCACACAAGUGGAGGCUCAAUAUAUUUGAACUCUCUUCCUGAGAACACUGCUGUGUUAAAACACUAGUGAAAGAUAAGUGCCUAUUUUGAGUUCUUCAUAAUUUUAUCUGUAUUUACAAGAUUGUGACACUUCACCUACCCAUCAUCCUUUGUUCAGGGAGAGUGUGAGUUUAUCUUUACCCUUUGCCAUCACAUUGGCUCCUAGCUGCGCCUGUUUGACCCCUGUUUUACCUGAUUCAGUAAAGGCCACAAUUCACGUAAGCAGAUGAGUAUUUUUCAAUGCAGCUUUUAAUUACUAUGCAGGAAGAAGUAGUGGCUCUGCAAUUAUUGUGCAGGGAAAAGUAACUCCCAAGGGAGCCCUUCAGGCAGCGACUCAUCUAGCAUUUCUUUCAGGUGCAAUGAUGACAUCAGAUCUGGGAUCACAAACUUGCUGGUUUAUGUGAAGAGCCUUAAAGGUCUGGCUGGAAUUCGUGAUGCUGUGUGGGAACUGCUCACCAGUGAGUCCAUGAGUCAGAACUGGGAGACAGUAUGUCACCGACUCCUUGACAAACCCAUCUUUUUUUGGGAAGAUUUGUUACAACAGCUUUUCUUGGACAGAUUACAGGUAAUAUAUUGUCACAGUUGGGCUAGGUAGCUUAAAGGUUAACAAACUAAGCAAAAAUAUUAUUUGCCACGGAAAUUGAGCUUUUUGGUUUUGGACAAUAGCUACUCCUGUGUAGGACUAGUUCAGAGAUUUUUGUGAUGUAUUAGGAAAUUUCCACUGGUUCUCUUUAUGUGUAAAGGGAACUUUGUUCAGAAUAGAACUAUCAUCUGAUUCUUAUCAUUUGUAGCAAAAGACUAAAGCACCCAUAAGCUCCUGUUUCCUCCUAACCCACGCUGGAUGAAAUUAUUCUUGAAAUAAUUGUAUAUAAUUAUAAUAUAUGUAUCCUUUGUACCUGGAUACAUCUUCAUAUUUACUUUCUAGAGAUCAGAAACCCAUUUGACUGCAUAUUUGGUAGCAAUAUACUUUUUAUGCUUACCACUUUUCCAACUUGGUUUAACUGUGCAUUGGUUCCUUUGACAUCAAUUUUGAGUGGAACUUUGGGAAGAACCUUGGGGGUUAAAGGGGGGGCAGAUCUCAAGGACAUUCCUCAAAACCUGAAUGUUGGAGUUUGUGUGUACCCUGCCAUUUCCUGCUAUAUCUUAAAAGCAUCCCCAUGCUUCUGGUUGGGUCUGUGGUGAUGGACCAGCUUUUGUCUCUGUGUAAUGAGUUUUUCUUUUCCAGACGCUGACAAAGGAAGGAUUUGAUGACAUCUCCAGCAGCUCCAAGGAGCUCCUUGUUGUGUCUGCACAGGAGCUUGAAGCUAAGGUUGAUGCAUCUGCCCACAACAAACAUAUGCUUUUUGAACAUAACAUGGCCUCUUUCUUAUGGUCAGAGAAUCCAAAUGACUUGCCACCCGAUGCAGCCUGGAUCAGUGUGGCAAACCGCAGUCAGUUCACCAAGAGUGGGUUAUCCAUGAAGGCCCAGGCCCACAGCCCACGAGUUCAAAGCUUCUGCAGCGCUCUGGAUUCCAAGCUGAAGGCCAAGUUGGAGGACCUUCUGUCCUACUUGCCCUCUGACUUCUCUCUGCCUAAGGAUGCUCUGCGUGUUCAACCCAGGAACUCUGCCUUUGACAGGUUUGCUGAUGCAGGCACAGUAGAAGAACUGUUGCGCAGCCACUGCAUCGGCUGUGUGGAUUAUGUGCUGGGUUGUGUUAGGGAAGAGCUGCAUCAGGCUCAGGACGUACUUCAAGGAUGUGCAGACGCUUUGCACAACCCCAAAAUCAACACCGUUCUCUUCAUGGCACGGCUCUGCCGAUCGUUGGGGGAGUUAUGCCCGCAUUUGAAGCAGUGCAUUCUGGGUAAAUCAGGUUACACAGAAAGUGUUCUGAGGGAGCCUUGGCCUUUGAAAAAGGUUGGGAAAGGGAAAACUCAAGAGGUGAAUCCCAUAAAGGCUAAAUGGCAAGAAUUAAAAGAACGGCUGCUGAAGGAUAGCCUGUCUGCCUAUCGGAUUUGGAGCACAGCUGUUGCUAAAGUGAGUUUCUAUCUUGAAGGUGGUGGAAUAUCCCUUUCCUCUUGUGCUUUGGUUUGUUUUUUUACUGCAUCCAAUGCCUCCCACCUUACCAUAAGAACAAAUGCUUUCUUUGUUUGUGGCAGGGGUCAGCAACGUGCGGCCCCUGGGCCGGAAGCGGUCCAUGGAGGCCAUUUAACUGGCCCACGAGCUGCCGCAGAACCGAGCCACCUGCUCAGCGAGUCCCGGCGCACUGCACUAAACUGGCACAGCGACUCGCUUCAGCGGUGCUGGAAAUCAUGUCUGUGCAUGCACAGAUGCCAGAAAUCGCAGGAGUGCGUGCGAUCCGGCCCACAGACAGAUCUCUGUGGGACCGAUCAGGUCCAGGCAAGGUAAACCUUGCCACCCCUUGGUUUGUGGGGACCCUGUUACUAGAUGUUUGAAAUCUGCAACAGAUUGUAAAAAGGCAGGAAAAUGUCUGAGCAGUAUUCUCUUGUGUGCAGAAAUGUCUUGAAUCCUACUAGAUGCAAUGAAGAAUCUUGACUUUUCCAUGUUUCCUCACCAGAGCUGUGACAUGACAUUUAGCUCAGAUAGCAAAGCAGAAUUUGGCUAAAAUCAAGGCUGAUUAUGCCUGUUUUUCCCAUGCUUCCCUCCAUAUCCGUGUCUGCCUCUCAACAUGCUAAGGCCAAACAAAUUGCUUCACAGAUUAAUUUUGUUACAAAUAGUACUUGUCAGGGCUGCCUCAGGUCUCAGCUCACAAAAGACCAACGCCAAGUUCUUCUUAUAUACAAAGGUGUUUAUUGGAGUUCAUUCUUUGCUUCACAUCCGAGGCGCGCAGCCCCACGUCUGUUACGCUUAGACCGUUGAAGUCCCCUCUGAGUCAGUCCCUCCCCCGCACCAGUUUAAGAGGCUUGCGCUGCUCCACCUCUUCCUCUCUUUCCUUUUCCGCAGGGUCUUCCUGCCCGCUGGGGUUUCGCCCCUCCUGGAUUCCCCUGACGCGGAAUCCCCAGCUUGCUCUUCCCCCCUCCUGCGGGCUUUGGGACCUGGCUCCUCCUCCGGGCUCCCUGUACUUCCACGCGCCUCCACAUUUGAACUUGGCGCGCGCGCCCAACCUCUAACCUUCCUUUUGACAGUUACACUACUCCCUUCACUACUCCCUCCCCUUCCGGGAGGGUGGCUUGCUCCGACCUCCCUCCCUUCUCUGCUGCCGGAGCCGCUUCCCUGAUACACUGGAACCUCCACCCCCUUCGCUGCACUCUGGCGGGGAGGCUGGUCCUGACGCCCAGCUGCCACUUUGGGAUCCCCCGCUGGCCCCCUGCUCCUGACACGUCCCCCCUGGGGCUCCCCUGGCCUUGACCACCGGCGCCCCCUUCUGGGAAUCCUCUGAUCCACUGGAAAGACUCAUGGAAUCUCUUGAGUCAUUGUCAUCCUCUUCCACGCUGUCCUGGGAUUCAUCCCCAUCGCUCUCCAUCUCCUGCCUACCCUGUGCCUCUGUCCCUGAACCCCUGACAGUACUAAAAUAAAAUAAAGGAUUUGAAAUGAAGGAAUGGAAUUUGGUAGGACACUUAUGGUGCCAGAAUGCCAAAUGGCAGUUUUCAGAAAUUUCAUAUGUGAAAAAUGAUGCUGUGAUAGUUGCAUGCUCACAACCUAUGGGCCCCAAAUCUCACUUGGGCAUAAAAAGAUUGGUUCUGAUGCUCUCCUGCUGCUGUUAUUUGUAUUUUACACUUAGGUCCUGGUUCAGGGGUUCACACAGUCGUUGUUAAAGGGUCAAGCUGGAUCCAUUCUGGCAACAGCCACCAACUGGGAAGAGAUUGAAAUUGAAGAAGAGACUGAGGCUGGAAGCAGUGUAAAGUCCAAGAUACGGCUCCCUGUGCAGGUGGGUGAAAAGCAGUAAGAUACACACCAACGGUUAGUCUGUACAGUGUUCUCCGUUUACAUAAGGGAAAGGGGAACUGAUUCUCAAAUGUGCCCAAUAACCCAGCAGCAGAGCUGAGACUGAAGCCCAAAUCUCCUCAGUGCCUUUUCUGAGAAGAUGGUGGAAUGUUACAAAAGUGCAGUGGGGUGAUAGCCACUUGGUUUGAUUUUCUUUUUUCUCUGAUCAUACCUCUAGAGAAGAGGAAUGACAGUCAUUAGGAUCCAGCACCUGCCUCCAGUUUCAAGUUUCCAGUUUCUUGUCCCUGUCUAAGUAAUAUUUAUUCAUACUAAGAAGGCACAUUUAGUACCAGCUUGUGUUGCUGAGUCUUAGAAAUGUAUAGAUUUUGAUGACACAGUUUAGAAGGUUUGUAUGUAGACUUAACCUGAUGGGGGGUUGAUUUAUAGCAAGAGUGGCUAACCUGAGGUCUUCCAGAAGUUGUUAGACUAUAGCUGCCAUCUUCCCUAACUACUGAGCAUGCUGGCAAGGGCUGAUGGGAUUUGAAGUCCAACAUCUGGAGGGCCACAAGUUCCCACCCUUGAUUUGUAAUACCACUUUAUGCAGUUCAGGAUAAGUGUCACUGUCAAAAGGAGUGUGGAGCUGCCAAAGUAAAAAACAAACACUUGUCCUUUCAAGAAAACAUAAUGUUUUUACCACUGGUAUUCUUCACAGCCAUCAUGGUGCGUCCAGUCCCUCCUCUUCAGUUUGUGCCAAGAAGUCAAUCGAGUUGGAGGCCAUACCCUUCCCAAGGUCACCUUGCAGGAACUACUGAAGACUUGUAUGACUGAAGUAUUAGCUGGCUAUGAAAAACUGUCAGGAACGAGCCAGGAAAAGGUGCGUUGUUGGGGGUCUGUGGACCACUGCACAGUGUUUGACCAGAUUGAUAAUCCUGCUCCAAGUGUGUAUUCGAAAACCCAGGAAAUGAAAAAUGUGAAUUGUCAAGAGCAAAACUAUUGAUUGGCUCCCGCUUUGCAAGGCUCGCUCAUGGGGAAAGUUCUAACGCAGGAGCAGCCAAUGUGGUGCCCACAGAUGUUGCUGAGCUCAGUGCCCAUCAGCCCCGGUCAGUGUAGCCAGUGGUUGUUCAACAACAUUUGAAGGGUGACACAUUCUGUCCCUUCAGACCAUCUCGCUAGUUGAAAAAGCGAAGGGUGUAUCUUUUGGGACUUUAAUUGCACUGUUUUGUCACUAACCAAGUUGUACUCAGAACAGACCACUGAAUGUUUUGUUAAGUUGCUUGGAGACCUUUUUGUGUAGCAAUAAACUAUUAAGUUCAAGUAAAUAAUAAAAAAAUAGGCCUAAAUUGGUCAUGUCCGUUAAUUUCAGUGGACCUAUUCUGAGAAUCAGUAAUGUUGGCUUACAGCAAACCAUUAGUCCUUGCACAUGUUCAUAGCAGCACUUGAACUCCCAGAUCAGUACUAAAAAAGUAUACUAGAAGCCUGAUAGCAUCUUUGCCCAUGAAUAAAUCUGAUUGGAAUUGGCGCUACUUACAAAUAUGUAUGCGUUUGACUGUGGCAUUAAUCUUGCUUUCCCCUUUUCUAUAGAAGGCAGCCAAUCUCAGAGCAGCUCAGUUAACAUAGGGCAGGAUUCACCUAACCAGUCCAGUCAGUAGAAGCCCUACAUAACAGGGCUCCCCUGCCACCUGCAAUUGGCUCGGGGUGGGAGAACCCUCAAAAAAGCAAGCAGGGAGAGGGGAGGGGUAGUGUUCUGUCUGGCAAGCUGAAAUACUUGCACAGAGGAAAUGAUUGGAAGAGUAACAUGUUGAAUUGAACCCUGAGUGGAGACCCUUCUCCAUGCAAUGAUCUGACAUUUUAUGGGGAAGCAUCUGAAUGAUGCAACCACAGGAGCAGGUCUGAUUACGUGGGUAUUUCUUAUAGAGUUGAAGUUCUUAAUGGGGGAGGGUAUGAUUCCAUGGGGAAAACCUGUAUGUUUGUAACAGUGUGAGCUCACUUUGCAUGCUCACACAAAAGCAGUUAGAGGUAACUCUAAAAUACAGGACACUGAAUAAAUUUGAGAUGUUCUACAACUGUCCAUGUUCUACCUUCUGUAUGUAAGUGCUGCGAUUCUUUGGCUAUCUCUGCUAUGAGAUUUAAAACAAAAAACAAAAAUCCAGGUUCACAGGGGCCUAAUAAACAUUUUCAUACACUAGUGUGAUUAUCAGGGGACUACUUUUAGUAUUUUGGGCACAGGACCACAUAAUCUAGAUGCUUAAAGUGAUUGUUGAUGAAACUUUAAAUAUAUGUGAGGACUGAUGGCCUAGGCAUUUGCUUAAGAAUCAACCUUAUUUUUCCUUCCCCUACCUGUUUCUAGAAAGAAGGGAAGUUACCCAUCACUCAGAACAGGGCUUUGCAACUCUUGUAUGAUCUUCGGUAUCUGAAUAUAGUCCUGACAACUAAGAGUGAAGAUAUGAAAGGCAGCAGAAACAAGCAGGAUUCCAGGUACAGUGCUCUGUCGGGAGUUGAGUGUUUUCAACAGUGGGUUUAUUUUUUACUCCCUUUGCAAACCUCAAAAUGUUACUGCACCCUUUGUGCUCCAGUCACCUUGCAUUGAUAUAUCAGUGUGUAUGUGAGGCUACACGCAGGGCUAGUACGCUCAGACUUGCUUGCCUAGAUAUCUCAGCUAUUUUCUCUCACCUGUGCAGAGCUGAAUCUAGGUAAUUUAAUAUUUUCCUACCAGCUCUGAAUGUAACCACGACUUACUAAAAUUCAGUGCUGUUCAUUGAUUGAUAAUAAAUUACGCUGAAGCAGGUAGGGUAUACACUUGGAUGCAGAUCAGUCCAUAGCUUAGGGCACGGAUACAAGCAGAUGAGGCUGGCUGGAGACAAACCAAGCAAACCUGUAUCUCACUCUUUCCAUUUGCAGAAAGGAGGAGCACUAGAAGAGGGCCCACAACAGCAAUCAUGAGUAGCAAGAUGCUCCCCGAAAUCUGUAAUCUGUGCAUAAAGUUUUGUAACAGAACAAUUCUUAAAUAAGGAGCCAUUUAACAGAAAUCCUUGUCAGAAAUCUUGCAGAUCUGUACACACACCAGGAGAUCAGCAGGGGCACAGUAGUGAUUCCAGUCUCAGUAGUUUCAAGGAAAGGUUACAUUAAGGCAGCUUAUUAGAAACAGGGCAUCUUGCUAUAUAAAACGUAUUUGGAACAUUUUAAGUUAUUCCUCUGGCUUGUAAGGCAUCAGUUCAACUGUAACUGGAAACCAGAAUGUAGCUUUAAAAAUGUUAAACUCUGUUCUCACUGAAUUAAGGGACUUUUAAAUAGCUCAGCACAGGAUCCUGUUAAUUAUUCCAUUACUAUGGUUGGAAAGUGAUUGAAUGCCUGCUUUUUUUGUUUUCACAUCAGUCUUGUCUUGUUGACUGUCAAAAAUGUAUCUCUGUCCGAUAUCAGCUUUACUCCCUCUGUUUCAGGAUUGAGAAAGAGAUAGACUUUCUGGAAAGUUAUAUAGAUCCCUUCGACUUGGAUGUCUUUACACCACACUUAAACAGCAACCUUAAUCGUCUGGUGCAGCGGACCUCUGUAAGUUCAGGCAAAAGAACAUAACUGUUUCAAUUUUGUUUGGCUACUGUACUUAAAGAUAGGGUGCUUUACUUGGUAAAAUUAUACACAUAGAAAUGGUCUUUUGCACUUUGUUCCUUAGCAACAAUAGAACCAGUACAAUAAAGAAAACCAAGGGGGAAAGGGUUGUGUAUGCAUACAGUUGGAUAGUGGUAUAAGCAUGUAAGCACAUUUUAGGGUACACUUUGAUCAUGCAGUCCAAUAGUUCUCAAUUAUUUGCAGCAUUCAGAAUCAAAGCAUCGUUUGUCUCCUGAAUAGCCAAAACCAAAAAUAUCCCAUGAGAUUGUAUGGAUUUUAUCCUUGGAAGUUCAUGCCUCAUAGUAGACAAACACCUAACACCAAGUGAUAUAAAAGUGAACCUGAAAUCCUGGGGGGGGCGGGGGGGGGAGGGAAACGUUUGUUUUAAACACACAUGGCCAGGUUGACCGUUAAGAGUUUGCCUUGUGUUUGUUUAAGGGUACUUCCUUUGCUGCUUUCCAAUCUAAUAAAUCCUAUUUCUGGUUCACUGAGCACUUGGCAGUUGCAUCUACAGUGGUACCUCGGGUUAAGAACUUAAUUCGUUCCAGAGGUCCGUUCUUAACCUGAAACUGUUCUUAACCCGAGACACCACUUUAGCUAAUGGGGCCUCCCGCUGCCGCCGCCACACGAUUUCUGUUCGCAUCCUGAAGCAAAGUUCUUAACCCGAGGUACUAUUUCUGGGUUAGCAAAGUCUGUAACCUGAAGUGUCUGUAACCCAAGAUACCACUGUACUGCCGCCACAACCAAGCAAUUACCUUUUUCUGUGCUCCUCUAGGUCCUGUUUGGCUUAUUAACAGGGGCAGAGAAUCAGUACACCAGCCGAAGCAGUAAUUUAACUUCUCAAGAAUUACAUAACAUCCUACCUCUAGCAUCUAGUCAAAUCAGGUAAGUGACUCACGCUAUAGGCAAUAGGAAGUCCGUGAAACAAAGCAUGUGGGGGUGCAAAAUAUCUUACCACUUUUUUCUUUUUUUCAGAUUUGGGCUGUUGCCACUCAGCAUGUCAAGCUCACGCAAGACUAAAUCAGCUAUGAGAAACACUGAACAGAAGGCUCAGGUUUGUUCCUUUAUUCUAGCUUAUGGUUUUCUCCACUCUUGCCAACUGUUUAGUUGCACUGGUAAUGUUAAUGCUAAUAUUUUCCUAGGGAGCCCAGGGUGCUGUUGUUGGGUUUUUUAAAAAAAAAAAAUCAGAAACUCAUGCCACAAUUUCCUUUGGACACUUCAGGAGUAGCAUAUACUUUUCUAGGUUUGAAGAUGAAUUAGUUAAAUAGUUUGUCAAAUUGUGUAUAGAAGUUGAUAGCAACAUUAGCGUAUAUUGUUAGUACAGACUUGCACAUUGACAGCUUAUCUCUAAUAAUAAUAAGGUAUGUUAAAGGAGUGAUUAAUCUAACUGUCUUGUACCCUUCAUUCUAGUAUGAUGCUGACCAAGUAACCCCUGAAGAAAUCUUGCUGGGGUAUUAAUGCAUGUGUGAAUUGAGUGGCUUCCUCUCCUUUGUAGGCUUCUGUGCUAAGGCUUGCUUAUGUAGCCAUAGAACUUGAUAGCUGCUGUCAAACUUACCAAGUUUACAUAUGAGAAACUGAAUGCAUACUAGCAGCUGGCAUGGGUUUCCUUCUGUAUUGCCAUGCAACUACACCCUAGAAGGUGCUGCAGGGAAGGGUGGACAAAGAGAUCUAAAGUUCUCAGUAUGUAAAGAAAUUCACAUGUUAAAUAUCAGAAGCAUCUGUUGCUAUGGCAGGGUUAUGUUUGGACAUAUGUUGCACAUACAUUUUAAUGAACCUAAUUUUAGACUAAAAUGAACCGACUGGUAAUGUAAGACACUACUACAUAAGCAAAACUGCCUCCCUUUCUGCUUGCCAUUAUGAUGCUCCUUCCCUGUAGUAAUAGAGUAAGCCUUUCAAAAUAAGGGAAAGCUACUACUUUAGGUAAGAAAAUGGACUUAACAUGUCUGCCCGCUUACCUAGGAAGUUAUUGAUGGUUGCCGUAAGUGGAGCUGGGAGUAGGAGGCACUUUGAGCAGCAGACUGUGUUUCUGUGUCUCAAAAGCCUACAAGGGAAGUGUAAAAUUUCCUGAACACGCCAAAAGGCUUCAAGGCAAGGAUGAUUGUUUCUACAGUUCUCUCUGCUACACAGAGAACUGCACAUAUUAACCCCCACCCCCACCCCGGUCUGGUUUUAUGUAGCUACUAAUGAGCCUGCUCUGAAUGCAAGCCAGCUUAAAAAGAAGAAAGCCUAGGAGGUUACUGACUUUCUUUUGCUAAUUUAACAGAUCCCAGCUGCUGCCCUUCUAAGAGCAGAAGAGACGUUCCGCCCUGGCUCCCUGUUCAGGCAGCUUGCAGCUGAGGAGGAGGACACAGCAGCACCAUCUUUAUUUAAACUUGGCUGGCUCUCUAGCAUGACCAAAUGAUUCAAUAAAAUGUGAAUGAUUGUACUUUUGGCAUUGUAAAAAGCAUCUACUUCAGCAUAACUUAAGGGAGUGGAAUUUAAGUUUUGGUACUUGCUGCCAAAGAGACCGGACCCUUGCUUAGGUAACUUGAAGCUAUUAACAGAAAACAUCUAUUUUAUAGCUGUUAGGUAUUAAGAAACAUAAGCAAUGAAAUGGUUACUAUUGGUUUUGAGUACAGUAAGAAAACAAAAGUUCACACUCCUGUUUGUACUUGAGUAAAGCAGUCUUCCACUUAGUACAUUUACACUGAGAAACCUUACUAGCAGUAUUUUCAAAUAACCUUAAUGCACAUGAACAUUCAACCUUAGGAAAUAUUAAUUUACCAUAAAAACAUAUUCACUAUUUAUUGAAAUUAAAAAAAGACUUAUAAAACUGAACGCAAAUGUUUGAAAGGAUUUUACAUAAAGCAUCAGUUACU